AUGAGUGACUCGCGUCGCCCUCGUCGCCCCGAAGGCCGUCACUACGACGACCCAGACCGUCGAGACAGAUACGGCGGCGGCGCACGCGACAGAGAUCGGGAUCGCGAGAGAGAUCGCGACGACCGCAGAGGCUACCGCUCAAGGUCCCGCGAGCGCCGCGGCGGCGGCGGACACAGAGACCGCUCAAGAUCCCCAGACAGACGCCACCGCGAUCGCGAACGCGAUGACUGGAGAGGCGGCAGGGACCGCGGUGGUGGUGGCGGCGACAGAGAUCGCGGCUCUCGAGGCACCUGGAACAAGGACAACGACAGGCGAGAUGGCCGGAGGAGAGACGACGACCACAACGACGAAAGAGACAGCAGGCGGUCUGGGGGGAAGCGACGGGGGAACUCGCCCAGACGGUCCCGGUCCCCCCCUCCAGCGGCAUCUUCUUCUAACAGCGGAAACCUGCCGACCCGUCCCCACCCCAACAACUCCAGCCAGAACCAGCGGAAGAACAUGUCUUUCAACGUUGGCCGCCGCAGCGGAUCUCCAUCAUCAGCAAGAGAUGCCGACACGCCCAUGAGAGAGGAGAGUCGGGGCAGGGAUCGUCCCGAGGACGACGACGAGCCAGAGGUGGACGAAGACCCGGACAUGGCCGCCAUGAAGGCCAUGAUGGGCUUCGGGGGCUUCGACACCACAAAGAACAAGAAGGUCUCUGGCAACGAUGUCGGUGGGCUCAGGAAGGAGAAGAAAUCAGAAUACCGCCAGUACAUGAACCGCCAGGGCGGUUUCAACCGACCACUGAGUCCAUCACGAUAA